UCACGUGUGGCGAGAAAUCAGAAGGUAAUAAAAAAAUGAAAAUCAUAAGAGACAGACAAAAGGAAACGGCUGUGAAUUUUCAAAUAAUAUUCUGUGCCAAGCCUGACCAGGAGCCCUUCGUGAAGAUUAUUACUGUAGAAGAGGCAAAACGGCGAAAGAGCAUUUGCAGCUAUUGUGAAGAAGAUGAUCGAUGCAGUGAAGAAGAUGAAGAUGCUUUGCCUGUCUUAAAAAACCAGAGUGUGCUCUUAGAAAAUAUGCAUAUAGAACAGCUCGCCCAGUGCCUGCCAGCAAGGGUUCAGGGAUAUCCCUGGAGGCUAGUCUACAGCACACAAGAACAUGGAACCAGCUUGAAAACACUGUAUCGUAAAUCGGCAUCUCUUGAUAGCCCUGUCCUGCUUGUCAUCAAAGACAUGGACAAUCAGGUUUUUGGGGCUUAUGCAACGCAUCCUUUUCACUUCAGUGAUCACUAUUAUGGGACUGGAGAAACUUUCCUAUACACAUUUGAUCCUCUUUUCAAGGUCUUUAAGUGGAGUGGAGAAAACACCUACUUUAUCAACGGAGAUGUAACUUCCCUAGAACUUGGUGGUGGAGAUGGCAGGUUUGGUUUAUGGCUAGAUGCUGAUUUAUAUCAUGGCCGGAGCAAUUGUUGCAGCACAUUCAAUAAUGAUAUCUUAUCCAAAAAAGAAGACUUUGUCAUACAAGAUGUGGAAGUAUGGACAUUUGAGUGAUGUACAUGCUGCCUUAAAAAGUUUACUGAGCACUCAGUGGAUGUUGAAUAUUGGAAUGUAGACUGCCUCACAAUAGAACAUGCUUCUCCUGCCCAUGAAAUCUGGUCACAGCCUGGCUGCACAAGAAGAUUUUAGGUCAAAAAGUGGAAAGACUUAAUUGCAUUUUAAAAAAUGACCUCGUUUAUGUCGUAUUUCUGCCCUGCCGGUGAUCUUACAGCAUGGAUGCAAGAUGUUUAUGGAAGGCAUUUGCGAUAUACAAGUUUGUUUAAAGCAGUCUCAUUAUUUUUUGUAACUGUGAAAGAAUACUGGUGGAAAAACAUAGACCUGUAUAGUACAUUCCAUGUGUAUUUUUAUUCUGCUUACAUGAAAACCAAAAAGAAGUAAAAGUUGGGUUAGCAAAUUCUACUGCGUAUAGUGAUGGUUUCCAUGAGAAAGGGGGUUAGUCUUUCAAAUCAGUAUACAGCACUUAAAGGGAGCAUUUUUAAAGGAACGUAUUUAUUGUUUGUAUAGUACAUUUUUAUGAAAUGUAGUAGGCAUGUUUUUUCUUUUAAUAUUUUAAUUUCAAAAUUUGCUAGGAAGAUUUAUUGACUGAAGUAAAUGUCUUAAGCGGUGGUGAUGAAUCAUUUCAUUUCUUAGGUAUUUUUUAUACUUUGCUGGUUUUUUUAAUUUUUGUAAAAGACUUCGUUGUUGCUUUGUUCUUAUUAUUUUAGGAAUCUUGUUUUUGGGCAGAACACAUUACUUUGGAUUGUUGGAAAGCGGUGCAUUGUCAGUUUCCAUUAUCAAACACAGCUGUCUGGUUGCGUGCUGGAGACAGAUCCUCUUUUUAAGAGGCUUAACAAUAAAGAAAUACCUUUUGAAACAGUGGCAUUGUUAUGGGGCAAAAAACAGAUUCUUAAACUGUGCCCUAUAAAUUAUUUGAAAUUCUUUGUUAGAGAAAACUGUGUCAUGCCAGACUAGCUUUGCCCUUCUUCUUUUUUCUUGUAAAAUGUUCUCUUUCUUGAAUAAGAGUUCAACCUUGUGGUUGCAUUCUGCUUUUUAAGCAGUCACUUUUCUUUCUGCUUUUUUUUUUUAAUGGCGUGAUGAAGCAGUACUUGAGAGCACUGGGUCCAAAUUCAGUAAGAAAGACUAAGUGCUGCCAGUUAAUUGAAACUGGAAACCAUUUUUGGUUUAUUUGCCACUUCUAAAAAAUAUUUUGUUAGGAAGAGGAAGAUAUGAAAAGACAGUGCUAUUCCUUCCUGAAAUGCUGACAUUCUCCUAACUUUUGGGAGCCCUUGAUAAGCCUUUUAAAAAAGCAAAUAAAGUCAACAUGAGAGAAGGGGUAUUUUUUUAAAAAACCAAACGGUACUUCCUAUGCUCCUGAAAAAGUAUCGGUCAAUACACUAUGCUUGUCACCCUUUAGGAUGCCUUCACAAGGCCACCUGUGUCAACCUAGGCUGCAUCCUUACAUAUUAACCAGGUCUUCCCCCGCUCAUGAUGGCAUUGCUUCCAAAUGACUUGGAAAUAACUGGGACCAUCCAUCUUGUGCUAUAUGACCUGGUCAACCAGAUUCAGAUUACAAAGAGUAAUUUCCUUCACAUACAUAUUGCUUCUGUGUAGGAAACUCCGUACACAAGUGACAUGGGGCAGACACACACAUGUCUGCUUUGGAGUGCGUAGUGCUGCACACUAACAAUUUGGGCUUGCUGCAGAUAGAAAACAUCACAUGUGGUAGGCACAUAAUUCUCUACACAGAAGUAAUAGCCUUCGUGUACAAAACCGCUUUAGGGCAUUUUGUUAACACCUGCAGCCUACACCUUUCACUCUUCUUACCAUCAGUUCUACUCUGACAGAUUUUCACCAUUACAUAUUAGCGUAAUACUUUGGAGACAUUCCAGGGAACCUUGAAAGACAGUUUUAACAAGGAUGAGACACUUGCAGGUUGUAAGCAAAAGGGUUU